CGGCAGCUAGACGUCAUAUAAACUUUUUCAGCCAACAUUUUUAUCACAUUUUUAUGUUUUGUUCACCAAGUCAAUAUUUCAUGCUAUAAACUACGUAGAAUAUCACUUAAAUUCUAAGUCUUGUGGUCACAGUCGAUUCAAUGCUGCUGAUGAAGGGAACAUUUACGUCAUCGUAGUUGACAGAGUUUGAUUAGUAGGGAUUACAUGAACACAAUUCUAUGAGCCGUAAACCGUGAGCCGUAUAAUAAUAAUAAUAAUAAUCAGUGCUUUCCGCGAUAACUCAUUUUCGGACCUGCGAUAACGGUAAAACGAUAAGUAAGGUUUGCGAUAACGAUAAGCCUGGCAGCUACGCGCCCUAAUCCAACAAGAACAAGAACAAGAUAACGAUAAGCGAUAAAAAUUUGCAAAAAAUUAACAGCGAUAGCGAUAAAACGAUAACGGUGUUGAUGGAGGCUGCAUCUGAUACUUUGCGUUGGAUUGCUGUUGACAACUCACUGGCGAAGUCCAUUUGGUCUGGAGCCAACCAAUUGGCUGGCUACGCAUCUUCUCACUGUUCCAGACAGCCCCGCGGCCCGGCCCCGGCCAUGCGGCACCCGUCUUCGCCGGUUCGCUGGCUGCUGGGCAGCAGCGGCCGCACCGCCGUCCAGCUGGCCGGUGUCUCGGGCGCUGCGGCCGUGGCUCUCGGGGCGUACGGCGCCCACAAGCUGCGGGCCGGAGACCACAACCCCGAACUGGUCCAGGUAUUCGACACGGCCAACCGUUACCACAUGCUGCACAGCCUGGCGCUGCUGGGCGCGCCGCUGUGCCGCCGGCCCGGUCUGGUGGCCGCCCUGCUCUCCUCUGGCAUCCUCGUGUUCAGCGGCACAUGCUACUACUACGCCCUCACUGGUGAUAAGUCCGUGAGGCGCUUCACACCGUACGGAGGUAUGCUGCUGAUUGCCGGCUGGCUGGCCAUGGCUCUCUGAGCAGAAGGUGAUGAGAUCGCGGGCUAUCGGCUUUAGGGAUGACUGCGAUGGGAUGUGGUUGCGUCUGGUGGCACUCGGGUGAGUACGUAUAGGUGGUGUCAUCUGACGGUGAAGGGAUGAAGUAAGUCAGGUGGCGCUAUGAUUUCUUUUUAUGACUAGGGAAGCUCUAUUCGGAUUUGAGGGUCGAUAGUUUUCUGAAUUAUACUGGCCCAGUAAUAUUCCAGGUAUAUGGAUGGCUUGUAGGGAGCACCAUGUAUUAACUGCACUAUGGAAUACUCCAAACCUAACAUAUUUUAUGCAAGCUUCCGUAUUUUCUGCUCGUCUGCUUCAGUCUACUGCCCAUACGAUAUUUGUACUCCAACUGAUAGACUUUAUUGCUUUGAGCCCAUCCAGUCAAACAGAAUUUUCUUUUCUACAUUCUCUGACGAUUAUUAUACGUUUCCUGCCGCGGCCUCGCCUACCACGGCCGGCUCCCUUUUGAACUCUCGAAAUUCCGCGGAAACCCCAGCUGACAGCACUUGCCCCACACGCAUCCACCCACAUCCGAAAGGUCAGACUGUUUGUGGGCCCAGAGCUGUGCAUUUUUAGCCGUCAGAGGCGCCCUGUGGUUACCUGCGCGGAUGUUGUCACAGAAGCCACACGGAUGGUGUGUGUGGGCGAGGAACGCUGAGCGUGUCCUGUAGUUGUCGAGAGGUGCGUCUGUGAUCACGGGCUUUGUUGCCACUGGGAGCCCAUUUGAUGAUAUACUUGUGACGUCGAAAACGCAGCGGCGGCGGAACCGAACGCUGCGGCAUUCGGAUUUUGUGAAGAAUGUGAUCAGUCUUGUCAUGCCUGUUUGUGUCGCGAUGUAGUUCAUCCAAUUGCGUGCGAGGGAUAACCACACUGUACUCGUGGCCGCGAAGGAACAAUACACUUUCAGACCUUGAA